AUGUAUCACUUUGUUUCCGAACAAACUCCGGAGCUGAGGCUCUCGGCGGAUGCACUGGUCACUAGCCACGUGACGCAGUACCUCAAGGGUUUCCAGUUGGAGGCAGUGCGUUUCCUUUACGAUCGCCUGGCCAAGGGAGAAUUCUGCAUCCUCAACGAUGAGAGUGGUCUUGGAAAACUGGCCACGGUGGCGGCACUUCUCAGUGCCCUCGAUCCCGCCAAGAAAACACUCAUAGUGCUGCAGAACGAUGAGCAACUGCUCGCCGGUUGGCGGUUCCAUCUAGACACACUUACUGACCUGCAGGUUUGCACUAUUCAGGGAUUGCAAGACACCACUGACUCCCCACACAAUGUUUACCUGGCGAAAUGGAGCCAACUACGCAGCAUUGGAGAUCUAAGCCGCCUCAAGUUCGACUACGUUUUGGUGGACAAUCGGGGGCACUCGUUGAACAACAGCUUCUGCACCUCUAUGCUGCUCAAGCAUUUCGAGGGACGGGUAAACAUGGUUAUCUCCAGUGUUGACAUUACGUCCGAUGUGAAGUUGCUAUACAAUGUGUUGCGGUUAGGUGGUCGUCUGGAGCACCAGUACCGAAGCUUCCAGAGCUUUGACCGCAAGUUCCACCUGCCAGACCCCAAGGAGGUGUUCAGCAAGCGCAUAGAUCUCGAGGAGUACUACAAACAGCGGGGAUUCCUCAGCGAGUAUAUUAAGGACUUUCGUCUGCGUCGUUUCCGUCAUCAGUUCGACAAGAGCCUGCCGCUCGUUGCACCGGAGCAAUACAAGCACAAUCUGAGCCUCUGGUUGGCCUCAAAAAAUAGCCAGAGCACGCUUAGCGGCUCCUCGGAAGUUUGCUCGACAAUCGCUUCCAUAGAAAACAAUCCGGCUCAGCAAAAUGAAACGUUGCCGUCUGAAGACGAUCACAGUUUAGACGAUGUGGUGGCCAUGUCACCGCUGGUCUUUGAAUCCUCCGAUUCUGACGUUGAACCUAUUACUGUGGAUCCGGCAGACGAUCAAAAUCAAGUCCUGAUAGUUUCCAGCGAUGAUUGCGAGAUUGUAACGCCUCCAAACACACCACCAAAUCGAUUGCCCACGUCAAACGAAUCACCAAGGAUGAAAUCCAAGAGGAAAUUCAGCAAGCGGCAGACGCCACAGAAAAAAGCAGACUUCACCGAUUCGGAGGAUGAUGAUGAAGAGGUCGAGGUGGCUCCCAAAAAGAUAACUCGCGCCGCAACACUUACCUUUACCCCAAAGACGAGAAAGCUCAAUGUGCGACUGCUAAGGGUUUCCAUGGAUACCUUGAGUACACCACCCCCGGCACAAACUGCUCCUGCGUUUGCCACGCCCAAGACAGAGCCCUCAGUUAGAAGGAAAAAAAAGAAACUGCAACAGGUCAGUCCAAUUGAUACAGGUCGUCCGGUCACUCGCGGAAUGCAACGCUUAACACGAUCCGCUGAGUCCAAAAUAAACAGCAAAUACUUAAAGCACCACACACUGGACGAUGUCAAGCGGAGCACUCCAAAAAGAAACAAGGCUGAGGGAAAUCAAACGCCCAAGACAAGCAAACCCAGGGUGAAGCAGGAGGCCAAGGAAAAGAUUGUAGAGCAGCAAGAGAAGGAGAAGGUAACCGCGGCCAAGCCUCCUGCGCAAGAAACUCCCAAAAGAGGGGUAGGUCGUCCAAGGAAAUGCAAAUCGGAACCUGAAGCUUUAAAGAAAUCCAAGCCAAAGCCAAAGCCCUUGCCCAAACCCUUGCCUCCCACUCCGCAAGUGCUCAGCGGUAGUUCCUUGUCGUCAGAGUACAUGCAAUGUGCUCAGCGAAUCCCAGACAAUUUGGAUGCCAUAGAGUCUCCUGCCUUUCGGGUGCCCUUCACCCCCCAGCAAACACCUUUGCUGCUAACCUUGCCGUCUGCUUUUAAUUUGCUCAACGACUCGGAGAUAGUGGCCAUUCCGAUGUCCAGGGAACAAGCGGAAACUGUGGUGAUCAAUAGCUCCCACGAUGAGAGUUCGCCGCAGGAUCCAUCGCAGAGUCGUCGCACCAAGGCUUUGAAAAGGAAGCGCAAACCGGAGGCGCCUGUAAGUUCUAGUUUUGGCGGCGGCUUGGGCUUGCCACCGCCCAAGAGAAGUGCCAACAAAUCACCGGAUCUGUUCAGCAUAUCCUCGGAUCUCUCGCAGAUUCCUCUGGCACAGCCGCAACCCUCCUCUCCGUUCGAAGGUUUCAAAAUCUUUGGCUCCGAAGUAAAGCAGUUCCAGCAGCAGCAUGCCAAGACAAAUGUUUCGGUGCCAAAAAAGAAGCGCGAUCGCUCUUGUUUGGAUAUUCUGGAGCAAAUGUUUGAGCCGCGAGAGAAGCGGUCGGAGAAAAGCAGUCCUAAAGUGUUGCCCACGUUGCCGCUGCCGCAGAGAGAUGAUAUGGCACAAGCCAUAACCCAGAGGAGAAGAACCCUGCUGGAAGAUGACUUCUUUGAAAUCACGAACAAUGGCCAGUUUGGCAGUCGAAUGAGGUUGAAUUCCGCUGGAGAUGUGUCACCCGUGCAACAAGAUCAACAGUCCGCCAGGCCCACGCAGGCCAAUAAAAUCACCAACUACUUGAUAGGUUCCGGAAUCACCCAGGAAAAGACGCAGCAGCCCACAAGUGGAAGUCGCAGCGCCAUCGUUGCAGCGCUGAGGAAGUCCCCCAAGUCACCGAAACAGGCGGGCAAACCCACUCAGGCCACCAAGCUCACCCGCUGGUUUGGUUCCGUUUUCGGGGGAGGAACUUCACAGACCAGCUCCGUGGAAUCGGUUAGUGCACCAAGUACACCGGUGAAUCCCUCCACGAGUGCAGCAGCCUGUCAAACGCGAUCAGCGAGGAGUGGUGGAGCUGCAGGACCCACAAAAAGAAAGCGAUUGGAACUGUUCAAGUGAAGAGCAGGAUAAAUACAACAUUGAAAGGAAACGUUUAAAAUAAGUUAACUAAAUCCAGGUAAAGUCCUGGAUUAUGUAUCAAAGCCAUGUUUUCACAAAACGAUUUCCUAGCUGAGUUUUAAAUUUAUUCUUUUUGGUAAUGAUGUACCUUAUACAAAAUUAAAAUAAGAAGAAAGCUAACUAACCGAAUCGUGAAAAUAUAGCUAAAAUUAUUUAAUCAAAAGCCAAGAAACAGUUAACAGCACCCAAACUUGGGCAAAAGACUUUUUUGUAGGUUGUAAUAGCAAGGUGGUACAAUGUUAACAGUAGAACAUUACGCCCAUCUAAGCAAUUAACUAGCCAAUUUAGUUACAUUUCUAUUAUAUGUACACAUUUCGAAGGUCACUUUACCAUUAAAUUAAAAAGACAUUGAACAUUA